CGACCCAGACACCGCGAGACCACGGUACCUCCGCGAGAUCAGGUCGGGUGGAGCGCAUGCGCGGAGCCGUCCUGGCGCUUCGAGAGGAUGUUGAUCAGAACUAAUAUAUGAAGCGGGAAGGGCCGGCGAUGGAGGAUUUGGAGAGCGCGGUGGCGGACGAGCGUGAUCAGGAGAACCGGCAAAGCGCGCAGCUCGACGCCGAGGCUGAGGCGGAGCGGCCGAACUCGGGCGCACAACAGAAACUGCUCCGCCUGCCGCUGAGCCGUAUCAAGGGGCUGAUAAAAGCGGAUCCCGAGGUGACGCUGGCGAGUCAGGAGGCCGUAUUCGCCAUCGGCAAGGCCACGGAGCUGUUUGUUGAGGUGAUUGCAAAGGAUGCAUGCACAUAUGCACUGCAAGCAAAGCGUAAAACUAUCCAGCGGAAAGACUUGGAUAAUGCAGUAGAUGCUGCAGAUGAAUUCGCAUUUUUAGAAGGCAAGUUUGUGUUGUAGCCAUUUAUUUUUGUCAUACAAGUUUUUGUUAUCUAGUUCUGGCUCCCUCAUAAUUCCUGGACUUUGAUCCCUCUGUCAGAAAUUUGAGAGAUGAACUGAGGGUUUUGUCACUUGUUUCAAGUUUGCACAGUCGGAGGAGGCAUUGAUGCAAGUGACAAUAUUGCCUUGAGUUUCAUCGCUGAUGUAAAAUGUUUUUGAUUUACUGUUCACAGUGAGCAGAAAGCACUAGUAUAACAUCCCCAUCCUGUUGCUUUUAACCACUUUUCUAAUCUUAAAAGUUGACAUGAUUUCAAUUUCAAAUAGAAUGGUAGUAAAUGUCAUAGUUUUAUAAAUGCACAUUUUUGAAUUUGUGGGUGUGGUAUUUAAUAUAUAUCUAAAUCAGACAGACAGACAUACUUCAUUGAUCCAGAGGGAAAUUGUGUUUCGUUACAGCCGCACCAACCAGGAUUAGUGAAGAAAUAUAGCAAUAUAAAAUCAUAAAUAAUUAAAUAAUGAUAAGUUAAUCAUGCCCAGUGGAAAUAAGUCCAGGACCAGCCUAUUGGCUCAGGAUGUCUGACACUCCUAGGGAGGAGUUGUAAAGUUUGAUGGCCACAGGCAGGAAUGACUUCCUAUGACGCUCAGUGUUACAUCUCGGUGGAAUGAGUCUCUGGCUGAAUAUACUCCUGUGCCUAACCAGUACAUUAUGGAGUGGAUGGGAGUCAUUGUCCAAAAUGGCAUGCAACUUGGACAGCAUCCUCUUUUCAGACACCACCAUCAGAGAGUCCAGUUCCACCCCCACAACAUCACUGGCCUUACGAAUAAGUUUAUUUGAUUUUGUUGGUGUCUGCUACCCUCAGCCUGCUGCCCCAGCACACAACAGCAAACAUGAUAGCACUGGCCAGCACAGCUUCGUAGAACAUCCUCAGCAUCGUCCGGCAGAUGUUAAAGGACCUCAGUCUCUUCAGGAAAUAGAGACGGCUGUGACCCUUCUUGUAGACAGCCUCAGUGGAAUCCAUCACUGAAAAAAUGUUAUUAAGUGUUUAUUUCUUCAAAGCAGCCAUUCUCAUUACUUCGUUAUAUUUUGUAUAGUAUGUCCAAAAGUCUACUGAUCCUAAUUUGCAUUCGUCUUGACUUUAAUCUACAUCCCUUGCCUUAGCCAUAAAAAAGAAGCAAUAUAGUCUCAGCAAGACAUCAAAUGUAUUCUUUUCCUUAGAUGCUGCCUGGCCUGCUGAGUUCCUCCAGCAUUUUGUGUGUGUUACAAUAUUCUGUUAUUUUGUUUAUGAAAUCCUUCUAACAGCUUGUUUAAAAUAUUUUUUAAUUGGUUUAACAUUUACUGACAAUUGAAUCACUUUUUUGGUAUUUUUUGUUAAUCUUUGUAUCUGUCCGCAAUUUUGACUCUCUUGCAAUAUACCUAAUGUCAACAUUGCUUAUAACAUUGGAUAGUGUGUACCAUUGGAAAAAGCUCAGAAAAUGUGUAGUUGAUGGUUGGGUUGAAUUGUUCUCUGAUAUUGGUGAGAAAAUGUUUUCAAAUGGAUUGCCAAGAUUGGAGAACAACUCAUCCCAACCAGUCUAUAUUGUACACAGAAGUGAUCCCUAUACAGAGGUCUCCAGAACAAUGCAACUUUGUUCAGCUCUGUGUUUCAGUUACACAAGAAGCGCUGUAGCACAUUAAUUAUAACAAAAUGUAUGAGCUAAGUGUUAAUCCAAGGUCCUAGCAGGUGAAUGUAAAACACUGCAUGAUCUUUGAAAAAGUUUUGUGAUACUUAUUAGUGUACUGUCCUUCUGUGUCCUGUUUGCUGUUCACGGAUUUUCCAUAUGAAGAACCUUGGAGCAUCUGAAGUUGCUGACUUGAAAUAUUCCAUCCAAUGGGAAAUGCUGCCCUAGUAUAUGUAGCUUUUUAGUUCAAGAUUUCAUUGUAUUUUCUUAUGAUUUCACAGUCUUUGUGAAUGGCAGUUUUGUGACUUUCAUGUGCUUCUUUCCUUUGGAUGGAAGAUACAAUUGAUAGUGAAGCAUUAGUGAGAGAUUUAUUGGUUAUUAUAGUGAAGCUAGAUCAUAUGACUUAAAACUGAUUAAUCCAUUUAUUGCUCUUUUUAGAAAGACAAUGGUGCCAUUCAUCAAUAUAUGUCAAAUGUUCAUAUUUUCCUGUGCCAUUAUAAAGACAGGGGAGGCAAUAGCCUUUGUUACUUGGGUAUAUAUUAUUAGAAUGUUUGCUGCAAGUUUGUAUGUCUUGGGGUGUUUCAUGCUCUUAUUAUUC